GCAGUGCGUAUUCCCGCCAUCUUCAGCUGAUAUCGCCGACCUCGCAAAACAAAAACAACGUGAGAGAAGAACGAAAUCGACACUUUUUCUGUACAAAUGUGGAACAACCAAGGAGGAGGCUACCAGCAAGGCAGCGGUGGAGGAGGUGGUGGAUACAUGUCCCCCGGGGGUUUUGGUACACCACAACCUUCUCAGGAAAAAAAGACAAAGGACCGUGCACACAACUUGCUCCCAGCUACAGUGGCAGAAAUACUGAAUGCAACACAAAACGAGGAAAAGUUCUUCACUGGUGAUAUCGAAGUAUCACAGGUAACAAUCGUUGGGAUUGUAAGGUCAGUCAAAGAGACUCCCACACGCAUCGACUAUGAGGUUGACGAUAUGACAGGGCCUCCAUUUGAAGUAAAGCAGUUUGUUGACAACGAUGAAGGCACACCUGAUUCUGAGAGAGUUUCAGCAAUGCAAGAAAACACAUAUGUCCGAGUCAGCGGGCAUGUGCGGUCCUUCGGAGGGAAGAGAAGUGUGGUGGCAUUCAGAAUGACACCUCUCACAGACAUGAACGAGUUAACAUGUCAUAUGCUCGAAGUCAUCCACAGCCACGCGGCAUCAGCACAGCAAUCUUCAAAUGCAAUGAAGUCCAACAGUUUAAAUAACAACACCACAAUAGGGAGCGGAGAUUCCUCAGGAUUCAGUGUUGUUAAUGGGUUGACUUCUACACAAAACCAGGUACAUACACUUAUCAGGAAUAAUGUGACAGAUCAGGGGGCCAAUGUAGAUCAGGUCUGUAAACAGCUGAGGGGUGUACCAGAGAAGGCCAUCAGAGAAGCUAUAGACUUCCUUAGCAGUGAAGGACACAUAUACUCCACAAUAGAUGAGGACCAUUACAAGGCUACAGACAGUUGAAAUCAAUACAAGCACAGACUAUUUACUGUCGGAUGAUGUGUGAUAAAAUGACUGGAAGCGGUGAUACAAACAUUUCUGGUCAUUGAUGAGAACUAGGACAACUUAUAGUAACCACACGUUGUUAAGAGAUCUGGUCUCUUGUUAAUACAGACUAAUACAGUUGUGAUUUCUUUUGUAUUCAUCAGCAGUGCUUUCUGUUUUUUGAGUAGCAAAAGCAUUACUUUUAUAGGGAAGUGACAACAGAACUUUCUGCUAGCCCAGGUCAAUGACAGUCUGCUCUCUAGCUGGCGUUGGCUAGCUACCAUACCGUCAAGUGUUCUGAAAGUUGUUUAUUUUCAAAAGUUAUCAUGUGACCAGAUUUGUUACAGCAUUUUAUUAUUGUUAUAAUUAUAAGGAUAGCAUACUGUUACAAUUCAAUUGAGAUAUUCCAUUUUUUUCAGAUUCUAUAGUUGUAUCAAAUAGAAUAGGAAAACAAAUUGUUGAUUUAAUGAUGAUUAAAAACAAUUGAACAUUUGUAACAAUUCCAUUCAAGUCCACAUAAUGGUUCAAGUAAUGAUCACUACAAAUAAGGCCAAUUAAAAACCAGAAAAAGAUCAUUGUACGAUCCCCCUGUAUUUGUAUCCUGAUUCCUUUGAUUAGUACUAAAUGAAGUGUAGUACCUUUUGAAAGUAGUGCUGUUAUUUCUUGAAGAAAUUUCUCAGUUUCAGUAUGAUUUACUUCUGACCUUGUUUGUCCUGGGAAAAUAAAUUCAUGGCAGAACCAUCCAAAAAUUUAAAAAAUAAAAAGUAAAAAAAAUGUACCCAUAAUGGACACUGGUAUUCACCAGUUGACAACGGAAAAGGAAUGUGAUGACUGAACAAAAGGGAGGAGCAUUUACAAGGAAUGUAACACGUAAUAGGUUGAAUACAGUACAGGAACUGUGAUUUUAAUAAUUCUUACUGUAACACUGUCAGAACACUGCCAUUACUGUUUUCUUUGAUAGUUGGUUGUUACAGUCACUGAAUGUAGUAUCACCUGAUCAAUAACAUGUCCCUUUUACACUUGCAUGUUUGAUAUCAUAGAAACCAAUAACAGCAACUGUUCUGUGUGAUUAAUAAACUGGAAACUGUUUUCAUGCAGUUGAAAAUUAUGUGUGAAUACUUUUUAAAUCAAUCUUUUGUUUGAAAAAAACCCAGCUCCUUUUGUUACUGUAUAUAGUGAAAAUUUAAUAAAUGU